UUUAACCGUCACAUACACAAUCACACUGUAAAUAAUACUCACACUGAUUUCAAAUGAAACAGCGGCCUCGGCUAUAUCAAUAUUACCGGAUUAUUUUCGAGUUUCCCUCAUCGUCUCGCCCGAGAUUAUUACCAGCGGGUUUAACGUGCACGGAGGAGGCGACUGUCCCUCCAUUAACUGGUAGUAAUGCGGAGUGGAGUCAGCGCUGGCUUCAGCUGAGCCCAUCCGACAAUGACAAAUAAACACCAUCAUCAUUACUAAAAGCGCAAUGAGAGUUUCACUGGAAUAAUCUCAAAUGCCACCGAAGACAGACGGGUGAAUACCGGGAUAUUUAAACGUCAGCUCUUUAUGUCCGUUCAGUCCAUCUAUUCCUUUCCCAUUGAAAAGGUCAUGAAAGCUCCUUCUUCCUGGUCCCACUGACCCCUGACGACCCUCUGACCUUCGACGUGUGUUCCUGUCAUCUUCAACCCACUCUUGCUAUGCAGCCAUGAGCUCUGCGCUAUGGAGCCAGGAGAAGCCUGCUGGCAGUUUCCGGGAUGACUGGCGUUUCUACAUUGUGGUGAAGGAGUGUACCGUGGAAAAGCCAGGCCAGAAGACUCUGCGCAUCCCACGUGGCAGCCUCGGCCAGGCUUGCCAGGAACGCAACAGCCUCGGUCGCACAAUCCCACCCAGCAAAGGUAAGCGCAGCCUACGCAUCCUGGACCAGACCAAUGUGGUGGUGAGCGUGGAUGAACGGGACGUGAUGGAACUUGAGGAGAAGCUGGCGGAGCUGCUGUUCCCCAUCACCAACUGUGAAGAGCGCUACAGUCUGCUGUGCAACAGAUCGCGUCUGGACAGGGCUCAUGACAUCAACUGUGGGUCAAAAGUCCGAGUGCAGCUGAGGUCCGGUGACGAGCCCCUUCCAGGUGUGGUCCGCUUUAAAGGGGCUCUGCUGCCUGACCGAGCGCUGAGUGGUAUCUGGUUUGGUGUUGAAUUACUGGAGGAGGGCCGGGGUCAGGGUUUCACAGAGGGCUCUUAUCAGGGUCAGCAGCUGUUUCGUUGUGAAGAUGAAUGCGGUGUCUUCGUUGCACUGGAUAAACUUGAGCUCUGGGAAGAUGAGGAGCUGGAGGUGGAUCGUGUGACACUAGAGGAUAAUGACCCGGAAGUGGAAGGUGAAGUACCACCACUGGAGAUCAACUCUCGAGUGUUGGUACAGACACGGGACGGCCCGGAACGGGGCACUGUUAUCUUCUGUGACUUACUGCCUGGCAACGAGAGUCUUGGAUACUACGUUGGUGUUGAUAUGGACAAUCCCAUUGGAGACUGGGAUGGGAUCUUCGACGGCAAACAGCUGUGUAAUUUUGCUAGUCUUGAACACACCCGUCUCGUCCCCAUCUGUGAUGUGAUGCCAGAAUACUCCAUGCAGGAUCAGAGGCUGCCCAAAGUCUUUGCCUGCAGGAGUGGCAGUGACAAGCCUGGCAGCCAGACCAAACCAAAGAGCAAAGGGUUAGGCCUGCAGCCUGGCAGCAGGAGCAAGUCUGAGUUUUAUUAUACACUAAAUGGCAGCUCGGUCGAUCACCCUGCCCAGUCCAAAGCCAAAAGCACAUGGUACAUAGAUGAAGUCGGCGAGGACCCGGCCAAAUCCCUGACAGACAUGCCCCCAGACUUCAACCCAAGCUCAUCCCCCUCUCGAGCUCUGCCCACCACCCCUUCGCUGCCCACUGAUAACAAGUUCCACUCCCUGCCCUUCAGCUUGAGCCGCAAAGUUGGCCCCAAUGGGAGCAUGAGCCACGGCCCCCUCUCCCUGUCUGCUGGCUCAGUGAUGGGGGAGCAGCAGGAGAUCCUGCCACCUGCUACCACGCCUGUCCAGAGGCCUCCAUCACCACCACAAGGCCAGCCAGGGUUAGAGGUCGGGUCAAUGGUGGAGGUCAAAGAGAACCCACCGCUGUGUGGGGUCAUCCGUUGGGUUGGUCUACCUCCAGGUCUACAAGAGCCACUAGCUGGUCUAGAGCUGGAGGAGGAGUGUGUGGGCUGCACUGAUGGCACAUUUAAAGGGAUUCGUUAUUUCACGUGUCCACCAAAGAAAGCUCUGUUUGUCAAACUGAAGUGUUGCAGGCCAGACUCACGAUUCCCAUCCUUACAUCAUUCACCCAACCCCAUAGAAAGAUGCAACUCCAUAGCUUUUGGUGGUUAUCUGAGUGAAGUAGUUAAUGAGAACACUCCUCCUCGGACGGAGAAUGACGGUUUGGAGGUGAUGGUUGGGAAGAAGAAAGGAAUUCAAGGACAUUAUAACUCCUGCUAUCUGGACUCUACUCUGUUCUGUCUAUUCUCUUUUAGUUCUGUGUUGGAUACAGUACUCCUAAGGCCAAGAUCCAAGACUGACGUAGAAUAUUACAAAGAGACUCAAGAGUUACUGCGGACAGAAAUAGUCAACCCACUACGAAUACAUGGCUACGUAUGCGCCACUAAAAUCAUGAAAUUAAGGAGGAUAUUGGAGAAAGUGGAGGCGGCGUCAGGGUUCACUUCAGAAGAGAAGGAUCCUGAGGAGUUUCUCAACAUCUUGUUUCAUCACAUCCUGAGAGUCGACCCUCUUCUCAAACUUCGGUCUGCAGGGCAGAAGGUUCAGGACUGUUACUUCUAUCAAAUCUUUAUGGACAAGAAAGAUAAAGUUCUGGUGCCAACCAGCCAGCAACUUCUGGAGUGGUCCUUCAUCAACAGUGAUCUCAAAUUUGCAGAGGCCCCUUCUUGCCUUAUAAUUCAGAUGCCUCGCUUUGGGAAGGACUUUAAGAUGUUUAAUAAGAUCUUCCCCUCUUUGAAGCUUGACAUCACAGAUCUAUUAGAUGACACCCCUAGAGAAUGUCGAAUCUGUGGUGGCUUAGCUCUUUACGAGUGCAGAGAGUGCUACGAAGAUUGUGACAUCACACCAGGAAAGAUCAAGCAGUUCUGUGAAAAGUGCAAUACACAGGUACAUCUGCACCCACGGCGUAAGUCUCAUCGUUAUGUUAAGUCAUCUGUCCCUAAAGAGCUGCAGGAAUCAGUGUGGAGACAGGGAUCUUACCCUCACCAGCAGAUGGAGCUGUUUGCCGUGCUCUGCAUUGAGACGAGCCACUAUGUCGCCUUUGUCAAAUACGGAUCCGCAGACUCGGCCUGGCUGUUCUUCGAUAGUAUGGCUGACCGCGACGGCGGUCAGAACGGGUUUAACAUCCCACAGGUAUCCCCGUGCCCAGAAGUAGGGGCCUACCUGAAGAUGACCCCAGAGGAACUCCACGCGCUGGACCCCAAGAACAUCCAGGGCUAUGCACGCAGACUUCUCUGUGACGCCUAUAUGUGCAUGUACCAGAGUCCUACCAUGAGCCUCUAUAAAUAGAGACGGAGAAAUAACAAAGGACGGAAAGGUAGGAAAGGGAAUGGCCAAGAAGGAGAGAGAUGAUGGAACAAGGGAACAGAGGAAAGGGGCUGUGAUGAAGAGAGAAUGAGGAAUUAAAUAAGAAGAAAAGUGCCCAUGAAGACGCACUCGAAGUUGAAUGUCCAGUUGCCUCAUCCUCUCUUCUGCAUCUCUCUGUAUAUACCGCAGGGUAAAUACGGCCAUAAGAGCGAAGGCGAGAUCAAGAGAGCGAACAAAAAAGCCUAUUUGCACUGUGUGAGAGCGUAUGUGUUUGUGUUUGUUUGUUGAAGUGUUGUCGUUUUCUCUGAUUUGUACCGUCUUUGACUGAGCUCAAACUCUUUGAGUGUGUGGAGUGACGGUUUUGCCAUUUGAAAACGGAGAGAAUCCACUGUCUUUCCAACCCUUUCCUGCAUAUCGCAGACACUCACUCACCUGACGGCUUAACAUUCGCCACGUACCGCCAGAACUGACCCCUCCAAACGGCCAACACACUCUACCCCUGUAAAUGAAGCCUUGGAAGAAUGACCAAAAUGACUCUUCUGUCUGAUUGCCUCCACUCAUCAUCAACCCAUCUUGAUGCACUGCAGCAUCCAGCAUUAACUGUGUGUAGUCCCUGUUUUUUGCCUUUAUAUUUUGCUGUGAAGUCUUUGUCAGGUGUGUUCACAAACAGCAUAGCCCUCGACUGCCAUGCACUGGUCCGAAGAAUGAGAUGAUUAAGCACACAAUUUGUUUUUGACAUGAAGAAUAAUAUAAUUUCUUGUUGAAUUAGGAGUUAUUUCAUUUUAUUAUAAUUAGUUGUUUUAUAAAUAUGGAUAUUAUGUUAUUUUAAAUAUCACAAGAAAUAAUAGCAGUUCCCCAGGCCCUGCUCUCGAAGUGGUAAAAAUAUCAGAAAAUUACUACUUACAGAUGCAAGUCAGUUUUUACUGAUAUUAUGAUAACAUUAUGAUAUUCCAAAAGUUAUAGUUUUGAAUUCAAGGACAUGGUCAUGUUAUAAAGAGCUGAUUCAAGUUCCUGUUUGUAUAUGAUAUGCUCUGGUUUGAGUGUUCACUGCUGAGGUUGAAUGGGCAAGAGCUGUCUCACGUUAUACUGCAGCACUGUUGGCUAAUUUGCAGUAACACUGUUCAUCGAGAUACCGGUUUGAUGUACCGUGCACAUUUUACCUAUAGGUUACUGGAAUGUUUACACAGCCUGGUUAUAACUGAAGAGCUAUGGAAAGAAACAUGCAUUGGGAUUGUUUUUUAAUCUCUGCUAAUGUAACCGUACACUAUGGGAGAGAUUCUCCGUGAGAGGCUGUAAGGGGAGAAAGGAUGACGACUGGUGUACUUGUGUAAAAUGAAGCCAGGUGGACUUUAUUAUCUCUGUGCUGUUCUCUUAAAUGUUAACUAAAUUAAAACGCCAUUUUGAAAACAGCUUUUGUGGUAAUGGCUGCACUGCUUUUUGAUUUGCUCAUUUGGGAUUAUGUUUGGUAAAAUGUGUGUAUUUUUUUUUUUUUUUUUAAAUAGAAGUGAAGACAAGCAAGAGGAAGGAGUGUGGUUUGUGUGUGUGUGAAGUGAAUAUUUACCUUGAAAAGUUGACAGAUGUGCCACCAAGCUGUGAGAAUCUCUGUCUUCGCAUGUCACAGAGAUGUGUGCAGCAUUUGUGCUUUGAUGCCAGCAGUGUUUUCAUCUGCCACGUGUGUGAGAAGUGUGUUUGUAGACGGUCUUCAGCAGGCAGACGGGCGAGGUGUGUUUGGAUGUCCAUUGCCUUCAGUGUUGUCAUAAGUCUGCGAGUGUUUGUGUGGGGAUUUGUCUACUGCCAGGGGUGCUGCUGCUUUCACCUGUCACCUGUGUGGAUCUCAUUAACAUGGUGUCACGGCCGGGGCAUGAUGUGGUCUCAGACGCAAACACACCAACGCUGGACAGAUGGGGCUGAUGUGUAGUGAAGGCUCAGCAACUGGAGACACACACACACACACACACACACACUCACACACACGCUACAUCAAGUCCCCGCCCCGAUGACCUUGUAUGGUGACGGCCAUUACAUGUUCAGUUGUACCAGUAGAUGUUGAGAUAAAAAUUUCUGGUUUAUUUUAAUGUGUCCUUGUUAUGGUGAAAUUACACAAAUAAGUAUUGAGUAAUAUUAAUUAACAGCAUGUACUUUAGAUUUAGGGUUUGGCUUAGUGUUAGUUGCUAGUAAUUAUCGAUAAUUUACUCUUAUUACAAUAGUAAAUACAUGUAAUGUGUAACAAGGACACAUUAAAAUAAAGUGUUGAUUGUCGAAUGUACAUUUGGAUACUCAUAAUUAAGUCUGUUGGUGUUUUAUAAAUCAUGUUUCUCAUAAAUAAAAAUGUAUAUACUCCACUUAAACAACGCAAACAUAUUGCUGCCUUUUAGUCUUGUCGUCUCACGUCCAUUUCAAGCCUGCGAACUGCACAAUUAUGCUAGUAUUUGUCGUCACAACAGCUGGCACACAAUGCUCUCUUGUAGCUUUAUGCUGUGGCAUAUGCCUGCUGUGUGCCACGUGCUAAUUUAGCCUACGCUGGCGCUACCUGACCAGAUGGAGAACAGUAUUGCCAUUCUCACCAUUAGAAUAUCGCCUUGGGGGGUGAAUGUCAAAUAAAAUCAAAGCAUAUGGAUUGCUUCUCUGUCAACUUUGAUUCUGACAAACAGAAGAUCUGCUGUUGUUAGAGGUUUACCUCAGAGCCUCCCGAUGAGAGUUCAGGAAUGUAACGAUUGGUUUUAUGUGUGCCUUUGCUAUGUGAACUCAAAAAAUUAUUUUGCUGCUUGUUCAAUUUACUUAAUAAGCUAAUGGAACACUUUUUCAACAUUUUAUUUAACUUAAUGUCAUUGUGUGCAAUCCACUUAAAUUUGUAAAACAGAUGUUUACUGAAAUGGCCAGAGGAAUUAGAUUUCUAGUUCCCAGCAUGCUUUGCUUGGGACUGAGUGGGAGAGUAAAUGUUGAAGUUAAGUGUUAUUUAAUGUGUUUUUGAGCAAGUUAAAAAAGGUGAAUGUUUUGAAACUUAAGUUUUUGCGGUUACCAUAAUGCUGAAAAGUGACGCUUAUGCUUGGGUUGAGCUGGUGACUGUAGUGUAUUUUGCUUUUCUUAAUGAGCAAUGGCACAAUGCUUUUGCAUUUAGCCUAGUGGCCACCACAACUUCUGGUGCAGUACAGUGUAUGAAAAAUUGCGAGAAAAUUAAGCACAAAAUACAAUUGAGGAAAUGUUCCACAACAGGACAAAACAUUAAGAUGAUCGGCCUUCACUCUAAAGGUAUUUAAAGUUUCUGGAAAACUUAUGUAUAAUAUAAUAUGUCAAAAUGUUAUUCUUACUCUAGUUAAUAAUAUUUAAUAUUAGGAAAUAAAGGAAUAAUUGAUGAGGGUUCACUUUGCAUCUUGGCCGCAUUCGGGUGUGAAUUAUUUUUCAAUAAUUCAACAGACCAGAAUCAAUUACCACAGUUCCCACACCUUAAGACAUAGUUUAAUGUUUUAUUUCAAGACAUUUGUCAGGGUUUUGUUCUUAAAGGAUUAGUUCACUUUCAAAUAUAAAUUACCCCAAGCUUUACUCCCUGUCAAGCCAUCCUAGGUGUAUAUGACUUACUUCUUUCUGAUGAACAUAAUCGGAGAAAUAUUAAUAAAUAUCCCAGCGCCAGACCGCCUUCCGUAUUCAAGUUACGAAGAAAGUGUAAACUGCCGUCGCGUCAGUUACACUUUUUCCGUAAGUUGAAUAGGGAAGGCGUAGGACGUGGCGUAAGAUUUUUGAACGGCUAGAGUUUUACACUUUCUUCAUAAGUAGAAUACGGAAGGCGGUCUGGCGCAAGCUAGAUAUUUUACUUCAUAACUUGUUAAAUAUGGAUUUUUUUUUUUGGUUCUUUUGCUGUUGUAGGCUGCAAGGACCAAUGAAAUAACUGAAAUAGUUGGCCAAAGUGAUAUGGAACUGUAAUGCAUUCAACAGACCUGGAACUGCUUCAUAGCUGUGCGUUUACUGAAAAAUAAUUGUACACCUUAGAACGUUUGUCAACUAAUCAGAAUCAAGCAUUCAACAGCCCUGUGGUAUAUUAUAUUAUAAUAUAAUUAGUUGAGAUUUGACAGUUAUUAGAAAUAUGACCCAGUUUGCUGCUUCCAAAGUUUGCUAGAAUACUAUAGAUGUUUGCGUAGCACUGACAUUUUUAAGGGAAAUACGUAGACAGUAGGAGUGUAUAACUGUGCAACCAUGCGUUACGUACUGUAAAAAAUUAAGUUUAACAUGCUUGUGUAUGCUAUUAUUUUAUUUGAGUUACUUCAAUUACAAAAUAUUGAAAUUGACAUGGCAAUUUCAUGUUAAGAAAUCUAAUUUCCAACAUGUGCUGUCCACUUUUAAAUUAAGUUCAGCCGAAAAUAUUUUUGAGUGCAUAGCAAUAGUGCUUUGAAGCUUCAGAGCCGCUGCAUGCCUUCUUGACACAAAGAAAGUAUGUUGUAGUACUGUGUUUGAAUAUGCAUCUUUCACAGGUUAGCAAAUACUCAUGGUAUUAGAUCAGGUCUUGAGCUUUGCCUAUAUCUUGUUUUCCUUAGUGAGUGCACAUGCCUAUAAUCUGUGCACUCAGUAUGGAAAUGUACAGACACUGGCUGUGAUUUGACAAUUGUUUUCUGAUUCAGUGUCUUGUUCUUCACCUUUACUGCUAGUUAGUUGAAAUUCACUCCUUGAGCUGUUCCUCCUCACGUUCCCAAGGGAAAACAUCCAUGAGAGUAAAUGUUUAAACCUACUCAGACAACAGGAAAACAGUGAUUUCCAGCAGUAAAGAUGAAAGGGAAUCUCGAGACAGAGCAAUUUAAAGCCAAUCAGUACUAACCCAAUAUAAACCCAGAGAAUCACUUUAACUUCAUCCUAACAGCAGCUUUUAUUGGCCGUCUUCAAAGCUCAAAAACUGGAGCAGGUAAUGCUGGGAUGAUGACUGAUGAUAGCAUUACCUCUACUUAUUCACCUUUCUUUAAAGGAUCUCUUUGAUUAAGUUUCAUCUCGAGCGCUUAAUGAUCAUCUUGAUGCCUGUGAUCAAACUUAGAUCAGGCUUUAUCUGUCAUUUUAGUUGUAAAACAGUCUUCACUAAUCGAAGGGGAAUUUAUAGAAGUUUACCGAAAGGUGUGAGAGAUAGGAGGAAAAUACACAUUGUGUGCAUUUCAUUUAAUACAUGUUGGUGUGUAUCUGUGUAGUCAUUAAUGAGCUGUGUAGCAGAUGCUGCAGUUGGCUCUGAAGAACAGGUGUUGCAGAGCUACAUAUGCAGCGUGCAUGUGUAAAAUAUUAAAGCUUAUAACAGGCAGCACACACACCUACACACACAGUGGCAUGUGUAAGGUGCUAAAAGCAGUUAGCAUUGGUGUGCAACUUGUGGCAGGACUGGUGUGUCUGACUGCACACCUGUGCACUUUUCAUUCUCUCUUCUCUCCUUUCAUCCGUCUCUAACACUGCAUUAUUUACAGGUGCAUAUUAGGACACAAGGUCUGUGUGACUUACAGUACACUUACAGUAAAUGCAGGUUUCAACAAACAUAUACUUCCAACUGCUAGUUCUGUAUUUGUAAUAUGUUUUUAUUUAAUAGUAGUAAAUAGUGAAUCAGUGUGAAUGAAUGACAUACUUCUCUGUACCCCACAUAUACACAGUUCCUUUUGAAAGUUUGCGGGGUCAGUAAAGACAUUUAUAAUGUUACAAAAGAUUUAUAUUUCAAUUAAAUGCUGUUCUUUUAAAAGUUCUAUUAAUCAAAGAAUCCUGAAAAAAUGUAUCAAAAACACUAAGCAGCACAACUAUUUUCAACACUGAUAAUCAUAAAUGUUUCUUGAUCACCAAAUCAGCAUAUUAGAAUGAUAUCAGAAGGAUCAUGUGACACUGAAGACUGUAGCUGCUGAAAUGGCUGCUGAAAAUUCAUCUUUCCAUCACAGGAAUAACUUACAUAAUAAUUCAAAAUCUUACUUUUAAGUGCCCCUAUUAUGCUUUUUUUUAAUAUUACCUUUCAUGCAAGCCGAAAGGGCACAAUAAAUAAAGAUAAUUAGGUUUGUUCGAGAUGCAUCGGGGCUACGCAGACCGAUCGGCAUAUAACAUCAAAGUACCGCGAGAGCAAUUCAAAAGUAUAAGGACUUGUUUGCUCUCCAAUCUCUGUUGCGGUACUUUGAUGUCAUUUGCCGAUCUGUCUGCGCAGCACUGAUGCAUCUCGAACUCUCAAAAGAAAGAAUCGACUCUGAACCACUAAAAACGAAUCGUUAGGUAUUCGGAUCCCACUUCCGUGACAGCUACACGUCACUGGGUAACAUAUAUGUGCCGCAAACAGCGUCUACUUUGACCCGCCCUCAAACGCUGUAGCUUGUUCGUGUUUUCUGCUCUGCAAAAGUGACCAAAAAACAAAAAUGACGACAGUGAUACAACAGCAGAAUAAUUUUCACGAGUGCUUCUCAAAUCUCUGUGAGGUCUAAAUGGGAUUUACAAAAUGCUUAUUCAUUAAAGAUGGGACCGUACCGACUUUAUUUGGACCAACUUGCUCCUCAGAAUCGCAGCCUGUAAGUACGAUUAAUUAUUGAUGUAUAUAUUUUCUAAUGGGUGUUCAAAAUACGUAGUUUUUGUGUUUUAUAUUGUGUAGAUCUCUGGCUAACUGGCUAACUCACGUUAUUACUGUCUUAUUGAAAUACUUAUGCAAAUCAUCUGUGGCUCACUAUUACCUAAAAUUGUGUCCAUUAAUGCAGAUUGUAUGUCGUUCUUACAAUGAGUAAUGAUAUAAGAAUGGAGCAAGACUUGCUUUACAAACUUGAAUAAUACAUCAGUAAUUCAAGUUAGCUUGAACUCGGGUAACUUUAGCACUAUUAUUGAUACAGUUAAAUGAUACAGUUCCCACAUGUGCACCGCAAUAAAUUAGAAAUAUGAGUUUUUUGAUGGACACUUGUUAAUGCUGAUGGUGAGGAAUUACAGUUGCAACAUCUCAUGAUGAACGUCAAAAAAGAGUAGUGUAUCACUGAGAAACGUCCUGCUCAAGUCAUCCUUGCGAUGGAGGUUCGGGUUGAAAAACUAGUUCUCCCAAUAUUUCAUCAUUGGACUCGCGGUCAGAUUGGUAUGGUAAAAUCGACGCCAUACUGUCUUUACAGUGUGUACAAUCGCUGAGCUCCGGAAGCCUCCAGACCAGAACUGUAGUUCUGUUAAGGUAAUGGGACAACAGAGUGUGCCACCUGGCCAAUCAGAGCAGAGUAGGCUCGCGGAAAAGAGGGGUUUAGAGAGACUAAAGCAUCGGACAAGUCGUUUGAGAAUCACUGAAAAAUGUAGUGAUGUGCAGUGUAUAUUAUGAGAAAAUUAAAUUGUUUUUUGACCUUUGAUGCAUGUAAACAUGUUGUGAGAGACCUACAAAACAAAAUUAAGUACCUUUAAAAUAGCAUAAUAGAGGCACUUUAAAAUGGUAUUAUUAUACUUAACAGUAUUACUUGUUUUACUGUAUUUUUGAUCAAAUAAAUGCAUCCUUUGUGAGCAGAAAUGACUUCUUUCAAAAACAUAAAAAAAAUGUACCAACCUCAAACUUUUGAAUGGUAGUGUACGUAUAGAAUGUUUAAUUUCAAAGGGAUCCAAGGGCCCCAAAGUGGCAGACUUCUCUCAUGGCAAAUCUUUAAGGCUCUUGCAUCACAAUACAAAUUUAACACACAAAUUCAUAUAAGGAAACAUUCCUCCUUAUGUUAUGAAUUGAUGUAAACCUUGUUGUAUAUGUAUAGUGUAUAUCAUAGUGUAUAUGAAUCCUGUAACUAGAGUGAGUCCUCUAUAUGUGUGAAUUUACAUUUAUUCAUUUAGCAGAUGAAUGCAGUGCAGUAUCUAGCAUGCAGAAGAGGAGGACCACACAGGGCCUGCAGAGGAAGACCGAAUGCGAGAACAGGAGCCUCAUCGCCAUGCAGAUGACACGAGUCUAUCCCCUCGACUCGGAGGUAAAACUCAUAAAGAGUGCUUGUACACACACAAUAGCAUCUUCUUCCUGUGCUGGCAGAUCUAUUGUGCUAUAUGGCAAGAGGCCAUGCAGAGUGCAAUUAUUCGUUUGUGAUACAUCCUUUUUUCCUGUCAUUCCCGUUGUGGUGCAGAAUGCUGGUUUUGUUCCGACACUCGGCGUUCCGGCUGGCAGCUGUCAGCUCCGAUACCGUCUACUGCUCUCAGUGUUCUCAGCCGCUCCAGUCGGAAUUCCUAAUUAGAUUUGCCAUUUUCACGCGUCUGAUUGCCAUACAUAACAACACAAAGAGGCCGACGUCUCCAUACACACAGCUCUAACUGUAACAAUUCAUAACAAUGCUCAUUAACAUGUAUGGUGUGGCAGCAUUGAUUAUGACAUUACCAUCUAAAUGGAUGACCUGCCCACGCAAUUUCAUUACCGGCUUGUAGAUAUGGAUUAAUAAACUUCUUAUUCUAGUCCAGGCCUGGUUAUUAAUUACACAAAUUAGUGAGGGCAGGGUAAUCAACUUAGGGUCUGUUUCCCUUAUAAUAAUUGAUCUAAUUUUUAGCGAACAUUGCUGUUGGGCAAGGCUGAGAGAUCACCUCGUUAGCAAAAGUUUAAUUCUGAUCAUAGUUCAUGAGUCGUUUGCCUUAAGGUCAGAUCUGAAUGUCAGAAGCGUUUGAAAUUGAUUGGUGUUAAAUUGAAUCAAUGUCAUGUUCAGGAAAAACAAUAACAGUUAAUGGAUGAGGCUGAAUAGCCAUCUGCAGAAGGAGGGAGAGAGCAAAAUGAGAAAGAAAGAAGGGAUGGAAGGAAGGAAAAGAAAGAAGCAUAGACAGAAAAUAAGGAAGUUUUGACAGGAAAGAAAGAAAGAAAGAAAGAAAGAAAGAAAG